AUGAUGCAACAAACUUCUAUCCUGGAUACCAGCUGCGAUUUCUUUUGCGACAGCAACAAUAAUGAAGACGUGUCAUUUAUGCACCAGGAAGAAGAGAAGGGAUACCAGGAUCACCCAAAACCAUCGAUCCAGACAAUGUUCAAAUAUGCACCUCCACCGGAUUUGACCACCCCAGAAGACAAUGAAUUGACGAAUUUUGAUUGCAUGAAUAAUGCAUUAUCGCCACACAUGUCGUCGUAUCUGCAAUACCUCAAAGAUCCUGCAUCAAUGCCUACCUUGGAUACACUUGAAUGGCCAUCCAUCCCCCAAACUCAAGAAUGGGUAGACAUGGGCAUCAUGGACAAUGGUGCUCAUGAUUUGCCAUUCUACAACGAUAGCAACCCACUCAUUCAAGACAACCUACAAGUACCAUCCGACAUCUGGUUACAUGCGCCAUUCGAUAAUUGCAUCGUACCUCCUCCACAGCAGGAUCAUAGGGUAUCCAUUUCUUCGCCCCUCGACCCAUGCUUGUAUGAUACCAUAACCCACAAUACCAGUAAUGGGAUGACGCAUGAAUACGUUAGCCUCAGUGAUAUCAAUUCAUUUGUUGUUGAAACGGAUUCACAAAAGAAUACUACAACGUCAAUGCAUCCUUCAUAUUCGACACCCGAAAACCUUCAGCUUCUUGGUAAUAUGGAUGAACAAUGUCAAGAGGAUGAUGAAUCAGCCGCAAUUUACCCCUGGCUUGGAUUGGCCAGCUAUGCAUCGGUUCCUGUGUCAUUGAAUCAACUGGAUUCUGAUACCGAGUCCUCAUCCACAAGCUCGGAUCCAAUCUUUAAGGCUGCUGCUGGCUUGGCUUCCAGCUAUAAUCCCAUCCCAAAACAAUCAUCAUCAUCAUCAUCCACUGUAGCCAAUAAGAGGAAAAAGAAGGCAUACAAAUCGAGACAACAGCAUCGCGUCAUGAAAAGGUCACCUGAUAGCAUUAGCACACUCUUGGCUCGGCAAUGUAUCACGCCCUCUGAGGAUCUCGAUAACGAUGAUGGAGACUACUACGAAGACGACGACGCUAGUGAUCAAAGCUUUCAAUUAUCCCAUACGAGUUCGCAAGCAAGGUCGUUGGUGAGCCGUAAAGGACGUAAUGUGGAUAAAGCGUGUAACCAUUGCAAACGAUCACAUCUUCGGUGUGACAACAUGCGACCUUGCCGUCGUUGUGUAGCCACUGGCAAAGUGGGAUGCAAAGAUGUGGAACACAAACCCCGUGGAAGACCAAGAUUAAACAAGAACCUCGCCGUCAAAUCGAGAAAGGCAGCCUAA